AUGAAUGAGCAACUGCUUAAAAAAAUUAUUUUUUCCUUGAAUAGAAAGGACUAUUUCUUGAUAAUUUCCUCUAUUUUAUUUUUUUUAAUUUUUAAUUAUUAUAUUACUAAGUGGAUACGAAACAAAGAUUUUAAAUCAGUUCAAAACGAAAUUAGCACACCAAAUAAUGAUAUUGAAAGCAAAAUCAAUUUAUUAGUAGGCCAAAAGCUCAAUAAUAAUUUAAGAAAAAAAAUUAGAAAUGAGGAGCUUGCAAAUAAGCAAUUGAUUAACGCUAAACAAGCAAGGAAACAGAGAAGAGAGGCGAAUGAAGCUAAAAAAAAACUUAAAGAAGUUAAACAAAAGCUUUAUGAAGAAAAGAUUAACAAAAAAGUUCUUGAAAGGCUUGUUGAAAAGAACAAAGCUCUUUUACAAGAACAAAAACAAUACGAAAGAUGGAAGUUUGAAAUGGAUAUUAGUGAAGCUGGAAAUGAAUUUGAAUUUGAAGAUGAAGGCUUGAAUAGCGAAUAUACGUCUUUAAGGAACUUCUUAAAUGCAAUAACCUCGGAAAAGAUUGCAGAUAUCAACAACUUAAGUGCUGAAUUUAGGAUAAGUAUAGAAGACGUCAUUUCUAGAAUUCGCCAACUUGAGGAGCAAGGAAUUAUAGACGGAGUGCUUACAGACAAAGGAAAAUACAUAUUUAUAAGUGAAAAAGAAUGGGAAAGUAUUAAACUUUGCAUUGAAAAAGACGGAAAAAUAUCAAAAACGAAGGAUCUCGUGUUAAUUUGCAAUUAUGUAAUUGGCAUGUAA